AAAAAGGCCUCAUCAUAAUUCCCAGCGUAUAAAUUGAACGUCGCAAACAUCCCGCAGCCGCCCAACCACGCACAACAUUUAUUAGAGGAUUUAUCAUCUUCUUCCAGUUAAUCUCUGCCAUGGAAGAGGAUGGACCAAUCUCCAAUACCAAACUCAAAAGGAUCCUCCUAAUCCUAAACAGCAUCAUCCUAGCCAUAGGAACGGCCGCUUCGCCUCUCGUGAUGCGGCUGUACUUCAUCCAUGGUGGCAAGCGGUUGUGGCUACUGAGCUGGCUCCAGACGGGUGGUUGGCCCGUCAUCAUCAUCCCCCUCGCCAUCUCCUACAUCCAACGCUGCCAGCGGGGACCGGCCGCUAUCUCUGCUGAUGGGGGCAGUGGCAGGGGCUACCCCGCUGCCCCAAGGUCAGUCCUCAUGAAGCCUUUCCUCUUCACCGCCUCUGCCAUCAUUGGGAUCCUCAGCGGAGUCGACAACUACUUCUAUGCCUACGGGGUGUCCCUCCUCCCUGUCUCCACCUCGUCCCUUAUCAUCGCCAGCCAGCUCGCCUUCACCGCCACCUUCGCCUUUCUCCUCGUGAAGCAGAAGUUCACGGCUUACUCAACAAACUCGGUGUUCCUGCUGACGCCAGGGGCAGUAGUCUUGGCGCUACACACAGGAAGCGACCGGCCGGAGGGGGAGUCGGAUAGGCAGUACAUGUUGGGGUUCAUAAUGACGGCUGCUGCGGCAGUCCUCUACGGCUUCAUACUGCCGUUGGUGGAGCUGAGCUACAAGAAGGGCAAGCAGGUCAUGACAUACUCGCUCGUGCUGGAGUAUCAGCUUGUCUUGUGCUUCUUUGCCACCGCUGCUUGCACCAUCGGCAUGUUGAUCAAUAAGGACUUUCAGGCAAUUCCUAGAGAAGCAAAGGAAUAUGGGCUUGGAGAAUUCAAGUACUACAUGGUCCUGGUUUGGAAUGCAAUCAUGGGGCAAUUCUUUUUCCUAGGAGCCGUUGGAGUCAUCUUCUGUGCCUCCUCCCUAUUCUCCGGAAUCCUCAUCUCGCUCAUGCUCCCCCUGACCGAAGUCCUCGCCGUCAUCUUCUUCAAGGAGAAGUUCCAAGCGGAGAAAGGAGUCUCGCUUGCUCUGUCUCUCUGGGGAUUCGUCUCAUACUUUUACGGGGAGUUCAAGCACACAAAGAAACGAGACCGGAAUCCGCAUCAGUCUCAGAAUCAGAUUCAGCAUCCUCCUUCGGAAGUAGAAUUGAACGGCCACUCCAUCCCUUAGGACAGUUAAAAGAUACAGUUGACAUCACUGGGGCAUAUGUGCAAGGUUUGAUUUCGUGAAUUUGAGCUAAAAUUGUAAUACGAUGGGGAAGCACAUCACCUUCGAUUUAGUAUACUAGCAUACGAUCAGCGAUUGCUAUAAAUCCCACUGUAUCCAUGAUGAUUAGGAUCUUAAUUUGAACUAAAAGACCGAAACAACGUAUGUAGUUUCCGGUUGAAUUACAGUCCAAGCAUUUUUUCACCCCA